AUGGUAGAAACUUCUAAACAUAUUGCUAUCCCAUUAAAAACCAAAGUCCCUGUUUCCCAAGCUGAUUUGAUGAAGCAAAUUGGAAAAUACUCGAUUGUUUACCAAUUAAUCAAACCCAAUCCUUUGAACUUUUUUAAAAAUUUGUAUACUGACCCAGUAACGUUUCUUUCUAAACCAAACCGUUUGUUUUUUAACAAACAUGACGAUGCAACUCCAUAUUUGAUAAUGUGUUUCCAGGAAGCUCUUUUUAAAUCUAUCGGCAAACUUAAAAAGCUAGAAUAUCUUCAUUAUGAAGGUGCUGAUUUUACAUUUAAACCACGUAUGCUGGGAAAAUCAUCGCUAUAUUCACCUUUACGUCAAUUCACCAUUCUUUCACUCCAAGAACUUGUCAGUUCAAAUAACAAGUCCCAAAAUUUGAAGCAAGUUAUACUAAAGUACUCAUGUUCUAUGGAAUACUUUGAUCGCAAUGAUUCAUUUGAACAGCUUGCUGAAGAAAGUGGAGUAGUUAGUGGAACUUUGAAAAAGAAAAACGAGUUAAUUAUGUCAGACUGCUAUACAAUCAUUCCUAAACCAUGCAAGAUUUAUACUUAUAGUUCACAAGAGGUGGAAAAUCUUUCAGUUUUGUUUGACUUUGAGUAUUUUGGGUCUCAUGUUAAAAAUAAAGAUUGUAUACUUUGUACCAAUGCUAAAGAAUCUAUUCAAACUGUUGAAAAUGAAUUUUUUUCACCAUUUUUAGAAUAG